AUGCGUUUCCCAUCAUUCACAAACCUCGUCCGCACACUCUACGCCUUCAGCAACUCCACAGCCCACCAAUUCCGCCUCCAAGCCCUGCCGCGGGGUAUCAGCAGACUCGGCGGCGCCCCGGUCCACAUCCACCAUCGCGCCAUCAUCUUAAAAUCCAUGCCCUCGAUUCCCUUCCUAGGCUCAUUUUUCGGCACAUCUACUAGAACACAAGGAGACAAGAUGUCGUAUCCAGAUUCCCGCUCCGACGAUGAAUGGCGGGCGGUGUUGAAUAAAGAACAAUUCCGCAUUCUACGCGAAAAAGGCACCGAAGCCCCCUUCACCGGCGAAUACGACAAACAUUACCCUUCUCAGGGCGUCUACACGUGCGCGGCGUGCAACGCGCCGCUCUACAAGGCCAACCACAAGUUCAAGUCCGGGUGCGGGUGGCCAGCGUACUUUGACAGCAUUCCGGGUGCGGUCAAGAGACAUACGGACACCAGCUUUGGCAUGGAAAGGACUGAGAUUGUUUGUGCGAAUUGUGGUGGUCAUUUAGGACAUGUGUUCAAGGGGGAGGGGUAUCCUACGCCGACGGAUGAGAGACAUUGUGUGAAUAGUGUGAGUUUGAAGUUUCAUGAAAAGGAGGAUGAGGCGGCGGGAACAACGAAUGGUGCAAAUGGGGCGGGAAAUGGGGAGGCGAAAUAA